AUGACCGCCAACAACUCUCAGCCAUUUCCCUCCAGCAGUCCUGCGCCGACCGAAUCGUCAAAAUCAACGACUUCGUCUUCUCAUCCACACUAUGCUACUUCAAUUUCCUCCUUCAUGACUGAAGAGGACUCUCGUCACAACGACAUCAACGGCACACGUGCUCUCGGGAAAACCGACUCUGCAGCUACUGUGACCAUCACACCGCCGAAUCAAAAGAGUGGCUCCCGAGUCGCCUCUUGCUUCGGUCAAGGAUGGCACUCAACCAUGCUGUCUCCGUCUUCGGUGAUCAUGGAAGACACUUCUUUCCCUGGACCAAUCGACGGUCCUCGCUCCAGAUCUCCCAGUACUCCAAACCUCCCUUCCGAUGCUCAGAGGGCCGCUGCGUUCAAUCCGGCUCCCGGUGCUGAUCGACGUCUCCUGAAGCAGCAACAGGCGUUCGUGCGAUCUGGCAUCAUCACUGACACCCCUUCCUGCCGUGGUCCAUCCAAUCGUCUCGAUUCGUUCUCCCCCGUCGAAGGGCGCAGUCUCGCACAUUCACCUUCGGAUUCUGUGCUUGUGACGGGCUUCCACGCGAAGAACGAUGGGUUCGGACAGUAUCUGGGGACCAAAGAGAGCCUGGUGGGUCUUGGCUCGAUGGGUCAAGGAAGAAACGUGUACAUUCCCCACUUUAACAAAAGCAUGACGCAACACCAAUUGCACGAGUUCGCUAGGAAAUUCGGCACUGUCAUGUCGGUCAAAAUCAAUAAUGAUCUGGGCCCAUUCCUCUUCCACGAACACGCUUCUGCUUUCAUGAGGUCACUGCUCGCUCUCGGGAUCGACUGCGAAUUCGGCAGAGAAGACUGGAAUACAGAAUACAGAGCAUUAGAAGAUCGUCAGUCAUCCAACAUGUAUAUCCAGGGGCUGGCCCCCGAUGACACCGAUGCCGAUGUACGAGAGCUCGUCAAGCCUGCUGUGAUUGUCUCCUGCAAACGCCUGACCGACUGUCAGGGCAAUCUUCGAGAUAUUUGCAUGGCGAGGGUACAGAGCCGAGAGCAAGCUGAUCAUGUGAUUAGAAAGCUUGAUGGGAAAUCUCAUCCUCGGACCGGGGCCAAACUGUCGUUGCGGAUCGCAGACUCCGAAGCUCAAAAAGAACUGAAAAAGGUCCGUAAUCUGCACACGGGCAAGCCAGGAUCCAAUGAGCAUCUUGGCUUCAGUCACUCGAACUCCUUCGAAGUUCUUCGUGAACCCGCAUACGACUUUUACUCUGGCGAUAUGCAAUCCUCACGAUCGGACUUGGUACUUCGUCAACAACAAUUAUUCGCCGAACUCGAGGCGAUAAGCGCUGCUCUGUCGAACAUUCCCCUCCCCCCCUCGGACUUGCCCCUCACACCUGACACUCCAAGUGCUCCGGCCUAUCACCAUCGCCAUACUUCUUCCAACGCAUCAUAUGAAGUCAGUGGUGGAACAUACACCCAUCGAUUCCCCAACAACCCUUUCACCCCCUGGCCUGCUACGCCCACGGUAUCUCGCACAGUCUCGACUUCUUCCAUGUCUGGCAACACGGCUCUGGGACAUCGUCGCUCCACUGCCACCCUGGCCACCCAAUCUCAUAACCCUGCUCGGCUCCUGUGGGGCGAGGACCGUUGA